UGACGCGCCGACUGUCGGCUUUUGUUUGGAAACCAUUACUUGGAGGGAAACCAACGGCCCCUGGUUCUGCGUAUGUAGUGUCGGUGUAACAAUUUCGUCGAAACACACAAACCGUCUGCACAGCUUGCAAUGAGCGCAUCGUCUGCCGCGAACAUCAUCAUCUCGGAAGACACCGUAUCGGAACAGGAGGAAACUCGCAAAGCUGCCCGGAUGAAGCUCAAGGAGGUACAGAACGUCGUGAGCGCGCUGAAGGAAAACCAGCACCCGUUCAAGCCGACGUCCCAUGGGCCCGGAAAGGACCUGCCGGUCAAGCAGCAGCAGCACCAGCAGCACCAGCAGCAACACCCGAGCGAACCGAAGCGCUGCAAAAUGGUAGAACAGCUGUCGAAGGCCACGCAGACGACGUUCGAGGCAGAGCAGGAUCUGACCGCCGCCCGGCCAUCCAUCAACUACUGGGAGAAGCUGGCCGAAAGCCGGCGCAUCUCGCUGAAGGAGGCGCUGAACGAGAACGCCCUGCUGCACAUGGAGGUGAGCACUAUGAAGGAGGAGCUGGGCUUCGCCCAGGGCUUGAUCGAAUCGCUCAAGUCGCUGGUGGACACGCUGAUGGAGAUGGUGGACGAGAGCGAGUCGAAGGAUAAGCCGGGCACUAGCGGCACGGCCGCCGAUGCCGGCAAGGAGGACGACAGUGGUCUCGCCCAUUCGCUGGCGGGCUACGGGACCGAGGAGCACGACGAACCUGCCUAAGAGGAAGCGGCGGAGGAAGGUUUUUGUUUGUUUAGUUUAGUGUUUUUCUCUUCAUUCUUUCAUCCCUUUUGCUUUGUAAAUUAAUCUAAUGCAUUUAUAUCAUUCCUGUGUUCCGGAUGUUACCACCUUACGCAGUUCCCGUGACUGCAUGACACGCAUGUGGGUUUUUUCGGACUGCUCGAAUUCAUUAAAAUAAAUGAUAGCGUUGUAAGAGCGUUGAACAAUA